AUGGAGUCAAGCAGCCCUAAUACCAGCGGCCGCAUCAGCGAUGGGGACCAGCAGAAGCCAAAGGCGAUCUCCGCAGUUGCUCAACAGGCCUAUGAUCGCUAUGGCUUCCUCGACCCAAUCAAGCUCGACCUGAUGACCCGGGGCAUCUUCAUCACCCGCGAGGAGGCUGCCACUCUGCCGAACCGUAUUACCACCGAGAUCUGUCCCGAGGCUCGAAUAGCAGACAUCCCUCGCCACCGACCCUCCAAAUCCCGUGCUGCCCACCGGACCCCGGUGACCCCGGUGACUCGAGCAACCCCACUAACUCAAGCAUCCUCUGCGACUCGAGCGUCUUCCGUUGCUUCGUCCGCCCGCGCCGAUAUUAGUGCUGUUCCGAGCGACCAUGAGAAGUGGACUGAGAGCGAUACGAAGCUCAUCAUCAAGCUCCGAGCGGAGAGAGUUGGAUUCAGGCAAAUUGCGGACCGCUUCCCUAGUAAGAACCAAAAGGCUGUGCAGGAGAAGUUCUACAAGUCCACCAAGGACCAUAGAGAACCCCAUUGGAAGCGACUGUACAAUGACUUGCGGACCCGUCAUGAUAAGAAGGCCUACGAGGACAACACUGUCGUGGAGGCUGUCAAGAGCCUCGUCGAGGACAAUAUCAUGCAAUCCCCCGAGAACGAGAAUACGAUCAUCGUCCAUGAUGUUGUCGAGACCAAAGGAAACACCAUCGAGAAUGAGGAGAACAUGUGCUAG